AGAGUGAGACCUGCAGCGUUGGAGCACAUCGGGAAGUGUCGAGGGCUGAUCUGCCGUUUCUGUGGCAAGGAGUUCACUCAUGCCCCGGCUCACUUGCAGCAUGAACGAGCGCACAUGCAGCAGCAAGAGACCAAAAACCCAUCGUCGAGGAUUUUUCAGCACAUGAUGCCUGGAAUGAACAAGGCUUCGAUUCGUGCAACAUUGCACUCACAAGAGGUCUUGGGUCUGAAAGGUCUGAAUGAGAACUGCCAAGCAGACCCAGCAAUUGCCGGCUUCUGCACCCGAGAGAAUGUCUUUGCGUGCGUUUCAGAGUUCGUAGCCUCGAUCCCGAUGACGGCUGUACAAUUCACCGACCCGCCAGAGACUGUGGAAGUGCCGACGUUGAAGUCUGAGAACGAACAAGUGAAAUCCUGUCUGCGUGACCUUCUUCAGAUCGAGAAACAACUCAACCCCUGCCACUUCCAGCCUGACUGGAAGGAAAAGGAGUCGCCGCAGUGGGUCAGCGAUUGCGAGUCGGUCUUGAACGAAGACGGCCUGGUCUCAGUCGUCUCGAGGCUGUUCCAAGGGAUCAACUGGAUGAACCUGAACAAGAAGAUCGAGGAGAUGGCCGAGUUCCACGAGAGCCUCAAGCCAGAGGCCGUCAACGCGUGUGGAUCCGACGCCAAGACGUGCAUAGAGCAGGGGCUGCCUUGCCCGCUGUGCGCUAGGAUGAGCAAGGGAGUGGCAGCUUGCUUCGCACAGGGACAUCUGUACAUCUCCGAGGACGGGGAGCUGCCGACGUCAUGCAAGGAGUGCAAGCUGAGGAACAAGGGGGCUUUCUUCUGUUUCAAGCGCGGCCACAUGACGCGGCUCCGGGCUGUUCCCUUCUCGAGCGAGGGAGUGCCAGCUUCGAACAUGCUGCCUGAUGUCUACUUGGGUUCCAUCAUAGCAUGAGAUGGCUCGGACUUGUUUUUCUAGGUUUUCUUCCAGGAGGUGGGAGGACGCUGUGAUGCUGGGAGGAGUAGGGAGAGGAGUAGAGGCUAGGGGAAGAGAGGAGCGGGUAAGAUAGGAUGUGUCGUUUUAUUGCUGAAGUCACUUUUCAUUG